AUGGCACUUCCCUUUCGAGGCUCUAGAUCAUAUUGCUGGGAUGUGCCUGCUGGUCUGACGCCACAAGUCACGACUAAAACGGAAGUGGACGGUCAAGGACGAAAUGUGACCACCACGACGAGCACUUAUAGUGGCAUCCUUGAUCUAAGAACCAAUGUCUUCCGCCAGAUAUUCCCCGAUGUUUCGAAGGGACUUGGUGCCAUUAAUCCCGGCUUUGCACCGAGUCCGCCCAGUGCACUUUUCCCCUCAUCGAGAGCUGGACCCUUCGACACCAACUCGAUAUUUGUGACCCGCCAAAACGAACGCGAUCCUGUCUUCGUUCCCGUUGUGGAUUCAACCUCGACCACCCAGCGAACUUUGGUGCCCCUUCCCACGCUCUCGCCCUCAAAUAUCGACGGAAGUGACAGAACCAUAGAUGAUUUCCUGCAAAAGGUGGACCACACUGCUUCGGACAUUGAGAACAACAACGGCGACACCGUCAAGGGAAACGGAGAGGAACUCAAGCAGCAAGAACCCACCAAGUAA